AUGGUUUAUAACUUUGACCCGUACCUUCGCGAUAUAAUGCCCGUUUCCGAGUUCGACUUCAAAGCCUUGAACGACUACAUUACAUCGUCGAAGGAUACCGUCCUCAAGGACAAAGCAAUUGCGGCCGGCAAAAAAUACAUUGGAUCUUCAUCUAGCAUGACCGGUGUACUUUCACACUUCCAUUUCUUACUAUCCGAAUGGCGAGAGCUCAACACAUCUCAUUUGUCGAACUCUUUCCCGGCCACCUCGAAAACCUACACAAAGCUUUCUCGGCUCCCAGCAGUCGUUUUUCUGCGGUACAGAGAUGGGGUCUAUGCUGUCGACGCUGAUAAAGAAUGGGACACUUCCAAUGUUUUGAUGGGAUUAGGGAAGUCCAUGGAGAAAUUGCUCACCAUACCUAGAGACCAGUACGAACGCUACCGGAGGAAUAGCCCGGAUAAGAUACUGAAAGAGGACUCUCCUCCCGAGGUGUACCACUAUUCAACCUGUGGUGAUUUCUUGAUGAGAUCCCAACUUGAUGCAUAUGAUCCUCGUCUUCCCGGUACUGGAAUGUUUGAUCUGAAAACCCGUGCGGUAGUUUCAAUUCGCAUGGAUGCAAGAGAGCCAUGGAAUGCUAUGGGAUAUCAGAUAAAAACCCGCCUGGGAGACUUUGAGUCUUUUGAGCGCGAAUACUACGACAUGAUGCGAUCUGCAUUCUUGAAGUAUCACCUUCAGGUCCGUAUUGGCAGAAUGGAUGGGAUAUUUGUUGCUUUCCAUAAUAUCAAACGAAUAUUUGGAUUCCAGUAUAUCAGCUUACCCGAGAUGGACAAGUGUAUCCAUGGUCAAGAGGAUACAGCCCUCGGCGAUGCAGAGUUCAAACUCAGUCUCAACAUCUGGAAUAAAGUCAUAGACGUGGCUACUGAGGCAUUUCCUAAGCAGUCGCUGAGGUUUCACUUUGAUACCCGAGAAACGCAAAAUCCAUUUAUGUACAUUUUUGCGGAGCCCAUGACAGAAGAUGAAAUAACGAAGAUCCAGGAAAGAAACCUCGAUGAGAUCCAGGCUUACGAGAAGAGGGUGUUCUACCCUGAGCUCCUUGAAUCUCAGCAGCUGGAUUCCUCGAUUAGCGAAGCUGACAAUCCCACCAAGCAAGAGCCAGAGUCGAAAGAGUCCGCCUCUGAGGAUGACAUAGAUCCUGAAAAGCCUUUACUCGCCAUGGCACUAUCAAUUCGCAAUUUUGUCAACGGCAAGGAAGUGGACAGGCCCACCAUGUUCACUGCCAAGGACACAUGGACUGUGAAAUAUCAGCUUGCCCAUUUUGGUAAGGAACGAGGAUGGACGCUGUAUAAUGCAUGUAAGAAACGGCGAUCGAGGUUCCUUGGAGCAUUAGAGGACGAAGAAGCGCCGAACUCGGCCUUCAAAGAGAGAUUGAACGCGAUCAGUAAAGAGGGACAGAAAUGGAGAGACGAGAUGGAUAAAAUCGAGAAAGCAAAGGGAAUUAUUCAAUACCAAGGCUAG